AUGUCGCGAAUAAAAUGCAAAAGUUUCAAACUACACCUACUAGUGCUUUCACUAACGCUAGCGAGCUUUUCCUUUGCCACCGAGCUUUCUACUACUUUAAACAUCUUCGCGCCAGCGACCAUCAAUGCCACGGAAAUCAUCGACACUCUCCGAGAAAAUAAUACAUUGAGAAGCCUAAAAAGUGAGAAUUCUAAUGAAAAUAUCGAUGGAGAUUAUGACGACGAGAAUGAGGACUAUGAUGACGAUGAUAAUGAGAACAAUACGCCAGGUGAAAGAACAAAACAUUCGCGUCAAAAACAUAUAGCCAUAAUAAAGCGCGUGGGCACAACAUAUGUCUGGGGUCGCUGGGAAAAAUGGACAAAGUGCAGCAAUUCCUGUGUGCAAAUUCGGCAGAGGAAAUGUAUUGAGCGGAAGCUCACUUCCCUCGAUGCUGCUCCAAUUGAUCGUGAAUUCUAUCCAGAGACAAAUAGUCGCUUUGGCUGUUUUGGGAUUAUAAAACGUUAUCGCCACUGCAAGGAUGAGAAGUGCAAAGCCAACAAAAAGCGACAGCGUGAUGAGCAAUGUGCAACCUUCAAUAGGAUACCGUACAAGGAAAAAUUCUACAAUUGGCUUGGCUUCGAGAAGGAACAUAAUGAGUGUGAACUCUUUUGUCGCCCCAGCGGUUCGGGCAUCUUUGUGAGCAUGAAUCAAUCGGUGACUGAUGGCACAACGUGUGGCCGACCGGCGGUAUAUUAUACGCACUACUAUCGGCGGCGUGCAGUGUGUGUAGAGGGUAUUUGUCGGGCUGUUCAUGAAAGUGGCGCCAUACGCCCAGCCACCACCAAUGAUGCGCAAACUAAAUGCGGUUCAGUAUUAUGUGAAAUGGUCUCCGAGGUGUUUAGUAAAGCCAAGUUGAGUUAUGGUUAUAAUUACGUGCAUACAAUACCAGCGGGAGCGAUGAAUUUGACAAUCAAACAGUUAUCGCGAAGUGACAAUUUAUUGGCACUCAAAACCACCGACGACAUUUUUCUCAUCAACGGCAAUAGUCGCGCUUCAGAGGGCGGUAUAUUUGAGUAUAACGACGACACCUACGAUUACAAUCGCGAAUUAAGCACAAUCACCUCCAAAGGACCAAUUACGAAGCCUGUCGUCCUACUGCUCUUUGUGCGCGGUCACAACACUGGCGUCAAAUACGACUAUAUAAUUCCGGUGCCUUCGGCCUCCAUAACGGAGGAGGAAGAGCUGCAGUCGCAGUGGAACGAGGUUGGUCAACCACUCGACGAGGUGGACGAUAACAACAUCGAUGGCACCGUGUCGGCACAAAUCGCGCGCGCUCGUGAUCGUAAACGCCGCAAGUUCUCUUGGAAGUUGCUCGGCUUUGGCGAGUGCAAUCGCUCGUGCGGACCCGGUAUACAACCACCCAUCUUCCGCUGCAUACGCGACUCACCGACUCGCUACUAUUCGCCCAAACGCUGCGCCUUUGUCGAGAAGCCGAUCUUUAGUGAGGACAUUUAUCACUGCAAUCGUGGACUGUGCCCAGCCUACUGGCGUGCUGGCGACUACGGUGAAUGCAAGUGUGCCGAUGGUGAGGCGGAGGGUGUGCGCACGCGUUAUGUGCAAUGUGUGCAGGAACAGAAUAAUGGCAAGAUUGGCGAAGUCUCUGAGGAAUUGUGUGAGCAACAGAAGUUGCCGGAGUUGAAUGAGACUUGCAAUUGUCCGAAGUUUAAUCGGCGCAAGAUUUACGCACGUGGACCAGAUAAGACGUCACGUAUCUUCUCGCGUUUAAUAGGCGCGCCUACACUGGUGCGUAGCGUUUACAACUCAACCACACCGUUGCGUCGACAUCUGCGUGACGACCGUGUCGAUAAGGCGGGUGUGUGGCUGAUGUCCGAAUGGAAUCAGGAGUGUUCAACUGAUUGUGGCGCAGGUUUUGAACACCGUUCGAUUUAUUGCGAUCGCACGCCACCCUACACAGAUCUGUGCGAUUUGCGCUACACGCCGGAACAGAAGCGUAUUUGUAGCGGCCGCCAGCAGGCAGCAGCUUGUCAGCAUGGCACAUGGUUUGCCUCGGAAUGGAGUAAUUGUACGGGAGAAUGUUUCAAUUUGCAGCGUAGGCGUGUGGUGCUAUGUCUGCGGGAUGGUGUGGCGGUGGAUGAAUCGGAAUGCGAUUUGUUGUUGCGACCGCGCGCUGUGAUGAAUUGCACGCACAAGGAGGUGACAUUCUGUGGACCAAAGUGGCACUACUCGGAGUGGUCGGAGUGCUCCCGUUCUUGCGGUGAAGGCGUUCAACGUCGGUAUGCCAAGUGCCUGGAAUUUGAUUGGAAGCAAAAGGCGAUGGUCGAAUCAAGCAAUUGCAAAUAUUUGGAACGUGAACCGGUCUAUGGAACGUGCAAUGUGCAGAAAUGUGAAGAACUCAACACACUAUUCGAUGUGGAACGCGAUACUUUGAAGCCUGUUGAACCACCAGCCAAUUGCAAAGAUGAUGUGAGUAAUUGCCAGCGAAUAAAUCGACAACGAUUGUGUAAGUUGCACUACUACAAAACUUAUUGCUGUGCAACAUGUAGUGGCUAUGCUUAGAGGGCUUGCGAGAGUUGUGCCGUGGAAAAUAAUAAAUUGAAAUGUGUAUGCAGAGGCGGGAGGAGACAGAGCCACACGGUAGCAGCAAACGCAUUCUAAAUACGGUAGCAUUACGCAUUUAAGUUAAUUGUAUUCAUUAAUUAAUUACUUCUACAGCAAUAACAAUAUGCUAACAUUAGCAUUGAAAUAAAUGUUUGUAGCCAGUUUAGUUGGUAAGAUGCAUGCAGGCAUAAUGGAAAUAGAAGUAUGAAUGAAUUUGGUUUUUUGAGUUUAUUUAAUUUUAUUUAGAACAUAAAAAGUUUUGAUCGUAUGAUAAAUAAACGGAAAAGAAAACGUUCGUAAUUUUAAUGCCUUCGGCGACUAAUAAUACUAAUAGAUAAUUUUUAAUAAGUAGAACAUUUUUUUACUUUAAUAUUUUCCUCAGCAAUGUCU